AUGCUUCUUCAUAACCAAAUUUCCAUUCCUCUGCGUACGCCAUUGAUACCCAUAAAACCCACACCCAAGCACCAACCAAAAAACGCCGCCGUUUUUGCCCAACAACGGAAUCCACCACCGCUGGCAACGAACUUUUCAAUCUCCGACGAAUCACUGUCGUCACGAGGAUUCGCUCUCCACCGUACGAUCGACAAACUCAACCUCGACCACCUCAAUACCGUCUUUGUCGCCGUCGGAUUCCCGCGGCGGGACACCGGCAAGAUCCGGUUGGCGCUGGAGCACACGGACGCGCUUCUGUGGGUCGAAUACGAAAAGACGAAAAGGCCAGUGGCAUUUGCUAGAGCGACAGGUGAUGGAGUGUUUAAUGCGAUAAUUUGGGAUGUGGUUGUGGAUCCAAGCUUCCAGGGGAUUGGAUUGGGGAAGGCUGUGAUGGAGAGAAUCAUCACCGCCCUGUUAGAAAAGGGAAUUACCAAUAUUGUUUUGUAUUCUGAGCCCCGGGUUUUGGGGUUCUAUAGGCCCAUGGGUUUUGUUGCGGAUCCGGAUGGGAUCCGGGGUAUGGUGUAUUAUAAGAAGCAGAAAAAGAAAAAAUAA